GUUGAGGACUUUCAAUGGUUGCCUCUUCCCUCCACCGGUUCCUUGCCAACACCGCAUUACAACGCCUUGAUGGGACACUUGCAUGAAUACUUGCACGCUGCAGUACCACCUCCGUCGACGGAUGGCGGAGUAGCGGUUGUUGAUCUUCGUAGCUAUCUUGCGAAGAUCUACCGCGAGUACGCAACGCAACGGUACGUCGACAUCGAUGCGCCGCUACUCUACAUCCGCAUUCAGAUCGGAAAGGCGAUCUGCAGUGCCUUGAUCGAUUGUGGAGUGUCUCGCAAGUACAUCAGCCAAGACAUUAUGGCACACGCCGGGCUAGGAUCGCGCGUUCGAAGGAAAAGUCAACCUAUGCACGUCACGUUGGCCGAUGGUCACACGCAAAAGUCAAUCGACCGUUGCGUCGACUCCGUGCCCGUGUACUUUACCCCGCUAGCAUGCGAGCCCCUGUCUUUCGACAUAUUGGACACUAAGUUCGAUAUGAUCUUAGGCAUGCCAUGGCUGCAAAGCGAAGACCAUCUGGUGAACUUUUAUCGACGCACCGUUCACGUUCGUGAUCGGCGUGGCGACCUAGUCGCGUGUACGGUGCCGCUUCCUCAUCCUUCAAUUGGUUGUCACGUGGUCUCGCGGCGAGCAUUCGCCAAUCCAUCCGGCAAAACGACAUCGAGGAGAUGGGCAUAUGUUUUCUUCACGCCCUCCCACCCGGUGAUCAGCCCAAGACGGACACAUCGGACCUACGCAUCAUUGAGCUUUUGGACAGCUAUAAGKAUGUCUUCCUUGCUCCCGCCAAAGUCGUCGGAUCGGCCCAUACACCACGGGAUCACUCUCGAGGAUGGUGUCGUACCUCCGCGCGGAUGUAUCUACCGCACGAGCGAAGAGGAGCUUCAAGUGCUUCAAGAACAACUAGAUGACCUCUUGGCCAAGGGCUGGAUUCGCCCUAGCUGUUCGCCAUAUGGUGCUCCCGUUCUCUUCGUCCGAAAGAAGAACAAGGACCUUCGGUUGUGCAUCGACUAUCGAAAACUUAACGCGCAAACACUCAAGAAUGUCGGCCCUCUCCCUCGGAUCGAUGAUCUUCUCGAGCAACUAGGUGGCGCCAAGUACUUCUCGAAGCUUGACCUCAAGUCCGGAUAACACCAGAUCGAGAUCCAUUGAGAUCCAACCAAAAGAUCGGUACAAAACCGCAUUCAAG